UAGGAACUAGGCGGAUCCUCUUGGCGUCAGGUUUGUACUUUGCGCAUCUAGGUCUCCGGACAACCGGUUUGUCUUCCUAUGUUAUCCGGGCCAUGAGACCUCAUGACUCGGAUGCACUUCAACAGGCCGAAAAAACGGGCUAGCUGAACAGAGUAGUGGAGAUGUUUGAGAUAACCCCUGGCACCUUCCCGCUUAUUGGAGGAACCACGAACCAGUCGAUGAGGGUUCGUAUUCGGCAAUUCUAGCCCACAGGCCAAGGGAAAAGAGAAUUGGCACAGGUGCAGUAGGGUAUCAUUGCAGAGGAUAUUUGGUGUGAUUUGCACGCAGUCGCGAAACAAGACCAAUAGAUAUCCAUGAUAUGUCUCAGAUAUCUGAUUUGAAGUCCACUAUUGCCGUGAAGAGCUGAGCUGAGAUUUUAGUCUUCCGCUCUCCACUUUUACGAUCCCCGAUUGAGGUUAUAAACUGAACUCUGGGGCCGAAAAGAUCGACCUUUCGUUCACCUGUCCAUCUUGCUUGAAACUGCAUUUCGUUGUCCCAAGUAAGGCCCAAAAUGCUUGUCGGGGUAGCUUUCCUCUUCCUGGGAGCAGUCGCUGCCAACCCAGUCAUACCCAGGGAGGAUGGUAGUUCUACUCCAACUCCCACUCCAACGAUUUCAAGUAGUGUACCUGCAUCUGGCCCAUCCGAUGCAUGCGCCGCCUCGUCAACAAGUAGCCAGUGGCUAAGCACAUGCAAUACCACUAUCUUCUGGCCGACAUCAACCAACUACUACUACGGCCCAACCACCGGUCCCGAGGCCUCGGCAGUCUCCUGCAACGCCGAAUGGGUCGAAUACGACGGACGCGCCAGCGGUUUGGAAUCCCUCGGCGCAACGUCCACGUCCACCAUCUACAGCACCUAUGUCACCAGCACGGGAGCCUGCAACACCCAGAUCUGGGGCGAAGGCUGGGACGACCCUCACGCGGGCCCAGUCACCACGCUGUGUGACGGGAUUCCCCGUGCCCUUGGUCCUCGAGAGUACUCGACGACAUAUUGGCCCGGUACGGGGCCCUGCAGCUCCUUCAUCGCGACCGAAACCACCACGACCCUCGUCUAUCGAUCCCCCUCACCGACCCCCAGCUGCUCGCUGAACUCCCAAGACUGCAUCCCCAUCUGGCAAACCUACAGCAGCCUCCGCCAGGCCUACUCCGACUCCGUGACAACUUCCCUCCCCGGUGACACCAACAGUCCCAUCCGCCCAGGAAGCUGCCCAUCCACCACGAGAAACUACACCGAGAAGGACCCCUGCACGAACUGCCACUACCUGCCCGGCACCGCGACGCUCUUCUACUGGCCCGUAACCACCACCAACGGCGACCUCUGUCUGCAGAACGGAAGCACCGUCCCAGCCACCCCGACGGGCGAAGGCCCCAACACCGCGGUGGUCAACGGCCACACCUUCGUCUCGCCCAGCAUCUACGUCUCCUUCACCAGCAUCUACGCCCGCAGCAACCAGCGCGCCCACCCCGGCGGCUCCUGCGGCGGCGAAUACGAAGACGUCAUCAUCUCCGUCGAUCCCGCCGCCGUGUCCUCCUACCGCAGCCACAUCAACGCCAAAUACCCCACCAUCGGCACCGCGUACCCCUUCGAGUACGACGAGUUCCAGCCGCACACGGUCGGCAAUUAUACCAUGCCCUUGAUCCCCUGGGAGAAGUACCAGGGCGCCUCGCAGUGUCCCUUCCGCGGCGGCAACAAGUGUACCAUGAUCCGUGAUGACUAUAUGCCCUGGAUGGGCAUCCCGGAGGGCGUGAUGACCCAGAUCGAUCCCCGAUGGACCGAAUGUGAUCGCAGGUGGUAUAUCCCUCCCGUCAGCAUGGUGCCUCUCGUGGGCGAUCUGGAGUCCCUGCCCACUGGCGUCGCCGAGGCCAGCGUCCCGACGCCGACGCCGGCGGUGCCCGAGUCGGGGGUUGCUGCGCCUACACCGGAGGCUACGGUGUGGUAGUUGUGUACAUACCGUCCGUUCCAUAGUUAUACAUGACAUUCCCAAUACGAUGAGCAACACAGUAUAUAGCACUACCA